CAGGCCCACCGCCAUUGGCGGCACGCCGCCCUCGGCCACAUGGCCGCUUCGGCCCUCCGGUUGGCCGCGGCGGCGGCGAGCGACGGGGAGGGCGCGCCCGGCGGCUCGGGCGGCGAGGCGCUGCUGGCCGCGCCGCCGGGCCCGCCGCCGCGUGCCGCGUGUCGGCCGCCGCCGCCGCUGGCGCUCGUGGUCCUCACAAUGCGCUUUUUCUUCCUCGGUCGUCUUCGCCCUGAAAGCCAGGCAGGUCGACGCCGCCGCCCAGGCGGUGUCGACGACGAGCCAGGCGGUUGGCGACAGCUCGGACGAGUCGACGACUGCGCUGGCGAGCGGCGACAGUCUGGACCACUCGGCCGGCGCCGGCUCUGCUGGCAGCGGCUGCACUGCCAACUUUGGAAACUGCAUGACGUCGAAGUGCUGCACGGGCGACGAGUACGCUUGCUACCAAAGGCGGGGCGACGCAUACGCGCAGUGCAAGAAGAGCUGCUCUGCCACUUGGGCACCGUGCACGCUGCUCAGCCCAACGCCGGCUCCUUCGGGAACGGGUGUCAAGAUUUCGGUGGGCAGCGAGGCGGUUUUUACUGUGAGCGAGGGUUUCGUGUCGCACACCCUCGACAUCUGGCGCAUCCGCUGGGGUGGAUGGAAAGGCAUAGAUUUCACGGACCCGAAGCAGCUCGCAAUGGCAACGGCAUACAGUCCCGCGUUUCUCCGCAUCGGAGGCACGGCCCAGGACAACGUCACGUACGACAUGUCUGACCCCGCUGUCCAUCCUCCUUAUGUGCCAGAGCCUGCAAACCCGACGGUCAACAUUCCGCACUCGACCAUGACACGAGCGUUGUGGGACGAUGUCAACUCAUCCGGGACCGCCGCUGGUUGGAGCAUCGUGUUCGGUCUCAACAUCUACGACGGCUGGAGCGACACUGCGCGGUCGAGCUCAUACGACCCAGCGCGUGCUCUCGAGCUGAUGGCGUACACGAAAGGGCAGGGGUACGAUGUAGUCGGCUGGGAGCUCGGCAACGAGCCCAACCUCGGCAAGAAGGGCACGACGCCACAGCAGGCGGCCGCCGCGCUCGAUGCGCUCAGCACAGCAAUGUCCACGGUGUACGGCAGCGUUGGGGCCGGGACGGCGGCUUCGCCUUGGAUUUGCAGCUUCGACACUACGAAAGAUGGCUCGGGAUUCUUCGGUGAGGCUCUGCAGAGUCUUGGCGCUGCUAGCGUCAACGUCGCCACGUGGCACCACUAUUAUGUCGCGGGUGCGGCUAGCGUUGCUGAUCCGUCGGUCUUCCUUGAGGCUAGCACUUACGAGAGUUACGAGGAUUAUGCAGCGAAGUACAAGGCGGUAUUUUCGGCCUACGCGGGCUCGAGUUCGGCACAGGAGCCGCCGAUGCUCUGGAUGGGGGAAACGUCUGGCGUCGGCGGCAGUUGCCAGAAUUCUGAAAGCGUGAUUGGGAAAUUCAUCGGUGUCUUCUGGACUGCGGACAAGCUCGGCGUGGCGGCGCGCUUGGGACACAGCGUAGUUGCGAGGCAGGAGUGGGGUGAGCUGACGCACGAGGGUGCCCUCGCCCCAGAACUCUGGGUCGGCCUGCUUUGGAGGCGGCUCAUGGGGCAAGAGGUUCUGGAGGUAACGGGCGCGAAUGUGCCGAGCUCCGUGCGAGCCUAUGCCCACCGCGAGAUCGCAGCCAGUCAGAGAGUCACAGCGGUGCUCAUCAACUUCGGCUCCGAGGCGGCCGACGUGGAGCUCAGCCUGGGAAGCGGCGUGGCCACACGAGAGGAGUACCAUGUCUCUUCGCCAGACCUGCCGAAUAUCUCUGGCACCCGCGUGUCCGUGAACGGGCAAGUUCUGGCCGAUACAUUUGCCAGCCUCAGCCUGAGCGACUCCGGCAGCAUUCCGGACUUCAGCCCGGUGGUCCGGGAGAGCAGCGGCGCGGUCUCCGUGCAGGCGCUGAGCGUUGUCUUCGUCCGCGCUGGGGUCGGCUAG